CAGAAAGCUGUACAUACCUGUCGAUAUUGUUAAAGCUCGGUAUCAGCGUCACCGCGUAAAACGUGCCCCUCAAUGUGUACUUCUAUUACAAACUUUAAAUAGAAAAAAACAGAUCAAAGAAUAACUUUGUUUAUCCGUCUUGUGUAACUUGGACAAAGCAAAAACCCUGCUGUAUGCAAUAUCACCCGAAACAAACAAGAUUGUCAUUGAAAUAGUAUAGGUUAGUUUUUUACAGGUAAGACGGGCUCGAAACGGCUGACUACAUACAUAUUUUGUGCAACACGCAGGGCUUACGUGUACAUAGGGUAUUCCUAAACAUGUGUGUCCCGCUAUACGAAGUGGGUCGUGUGAAUUGUUGUUUAUCUAUAGACACAUGGAGAACCCGGAAGUACGAGUUAACAGUUGAUGAUUAACUUUACUGUAGCGAAAACACUCAAUAUCUACCGGACAAUCCUCCGACUGGAACAUUCUCUACUGCUGAUAACAUCCCGGUUGGAGGUUUAUGUGGGGUUAAACGUCUGGUACAACGAUUAAAUACCAGCCCGUGUUGUGAUUUACAGAUAUUGGAAGUUUUAAUUGCUUUCCCGCCAUUUUCUAGACAAGGACAUCGAUGGUAAAUAUUGUCAUUGUUAUUAGUAUAGAUAUACGGAUAAUGUUUCAUUAGAAUUGUCCGCGACGAUGUUAUAAACGCUUAUUGCAUACAGACAGUGAUCUAAGUGGUCUGAAGUUAAUACUUACGUUGGUACUGGCAUGUACUCGCAGUGAACUGUCAAAAUAUCUGGCGACAUUACUAUUUUUAAACUGUCUCCUGUCAUGUCGGACUCGAUCUGUCCAGUCCACGAUGGACGUUCGUGCGUGAUGGCGUGUAUUUCCUGUACGUACAUGUUCGUGUGUGACAGGUGUAUUGAGGGUGACUCUCAUCGGGGACACCAACUGCUCACAUUCGACUCCGCAUCCAAAUGCGUUAUGAAGAACUUGAGGCAGGAGCUGGACACAAAUGCAUUAUUGCGCAGACAUUUAGAAUCUGAUUUAGUUACGUAUUCCUUGAUAAUUCAGAAAGAACGUGAUUUAUCCGAGUCGCGACUGCAGACUAUCAUUAGAAGACGGGAAAGCAUAAAACGUCAAGUUGAUUUGAUGGCAGGAAACCUUCUUCAAAUAAAUACACAAAGAUCUGCUGAAGUUUUGGAUCAGAUUGACGCUGAACAGAAGAACAUUCAAGCUUCUCUUUUAUCUGCAAGUGACUUUGAUAGCGAGGUAACCAAGCUGUUGGCAUGUGAAAACGCCACGGAUAUAAUUGCACAUGGACGAUUUAUUGAUCGUCCUGAUAUUGUUCGAGGAACAUUUCCUGUGAUAGAGAGAACAACUCUGACAGAGGAUUCAACGGAGGACGACAUCAAACUGUUGUUUGGAAAGGAAGUAGUGGAGAAUGUGAAAUUGUCGUAUCCCUCAUUUUUCAAUGAGGAUGGUACAUUUGUUCUGGAAGAUCUGGAAGAGAUAUGUUUGUCAAAUCAAGUUACACAGCCUGUGUCUAAGCAUGAAAAUAUCUCGAAAUGUUCUAAAGAUGAAGACAACGAGAAUGUUCAUUUGGUUACCAACGAGAAUCAAGACAUUGUUUGUCCUGAUUCGACAAAGAAUGAAGAAGCAGAUUAUUUCUCUGUCACUUCAGAAAAUUUGGAACAUGCCCCAAAUUUACCAUUUUUGCCUUUUCUUGAGACUGAAAUUUGUGAUGAUGCUGAUGAAGCCGAUGGUAACACUGUGACACAGUUACCCGACGGCAACCUUCCGUGUCAAAACAUGAAGCACUUUGACAACUUCCUUCACUUCUCGGAUGAAUUUUCUCAAUCUGAAUCUACAUGUGAUGAGUCGAUACCGUCAAGUGUGUCUACACUAGCAUCCGAUCUUGGUGACAAUACGCAACAUCGCUUGGACGAAAAGAAGUACGAUAUUCUACCAAAUGAAGAAGAAGUUUUUAUUCCUGCAGAAACGACAACAGAGGGUGAAUUGUCUACAUGUGUUCAAACGCCAAUAUCGUCUUCUUUAGAGAGCCUAACAGUAUUCCUUAAUGAUCACCAAGAGGUCGCCGAACAAGGUAAUCAAGAUAGAAAUACAAACGUGGAUCAGGAAACUUUACCAAAUACUGAACCGUCUUCGUCAACACCUGUUGAAGAGAACAUGCUUUCUCCUAUCGAUAUCGUAAGUGAAGAACAAUUUAAUUCCUAUGAUGAAGAAAGCGAUACAGUAUCGUUAGGAAAGGGCAUUGAGAGAGGGGAAAGUUUCAAACAGAACUAUUUUGAUUCAGUAAAUUUCAAAGAGUUCGAUACAAAUGUUAAAGAGACUGCAGAUACCUUGCACUCAUUCAAAAACUCCUCAAACGCCUCUGCUGAUAUCGACGUUGAGCCGGCGGUACUUCGUCCUAAACCGAAAACUCGUGAACUCUUUCCGAGCAAGGAAUUCCCAAUAAUGGAAAGAAAAAGCAAAGAAAUCCAUGAAGGGAGAACCACGGACAAGCUGAAUGGCAAUAAGGCCAAUAGCGAUCUACCUAGUUGCCUGUUCGAGGAGAGGCCCGUCGUGUAUCGUACUCCACAAAAACCAGUUGACCUACGCCGUACAAAUCCCAAUUUUCCACAAUGUAGUACAUUGCCUACGCUACGUAGACCCUCAUUUCCACAACAGGAUCCGUCCGCCAGGUUAAAACUCAAACAGACGUUCUCCAUCGACUCGCCUGUGAUUAUUGCCUGUCCCAUAACUGAAGAGCGGUGCUGGUUAUCGUCCUUCAACAGAGAAAAUGAAAUCGUACUGGUAAAUCGGAGAGGUCGGGUCAAGCGUACGAUUCAGUUGGACACACUUGUCCUGGGGAUGACAAUGUUGGAUAGCCAAUUAUUGGUAUGCUGCCGUGACGAAAUGUGCAUCAAGCAAGUAUUGCAAAACUUCCAGGUAAGGACCUUCUUCAGCACGGCACCUCUCUGUCCUUCCUACAUCUGUAGCGGCUUCACCGACGAGAUGUUUGUCACGCUAACAGACAAGACAUCGUGGUCUAUAGAACUAGGAAGUACAUCCGUUGUCGUCAAGUACAGUGGCGCCACCUGCCAGGAGAUGGCUCGUGCUCAGUUAGACAGGGACGGUGAUGAUCUGUUCUUUUUACCCUCCAGGAUAUGUUUGAAUAAAGUGUGCAGGACGGUGGCUGUCAUUAAUUAUACUUCACCGUCCAUGAGUCAUCUAGUGUUGCUGGAUAGUCACAUGACCUUAAUUCUUAGGUACAUAGAUCACAACAAGGUCAUUCUGGUAAAUCAAAAUUUGCCAAAAAUCACGGAAAAGUUCUUUAUCACGGACGUCAGAUUCGACCCAUUCGACAAUAUCAUUAUAGCGGAACAUUAUACGAAAGAGAUCCAGCUGCUUGACAAGUCGUGUCAGUUACUAAGGGUGCUGGUCAGUGAACAGGCCACGCCCUGGUCACUGGCUCUGUACAGCAACGGUCACCUGUGGGUGGGUUUUGAUAAUGGAAUGAUAAAUGUGUACAGUUCCAAGUUAAAAUCUAAGCGGGUUGUGUCUUUUCAGCGAUCAUUUCAGUCCCCAUGGUAAAGUUUUUUCGUGGUGUCAUCACAACGAUCAGAAGUGUACCCACAACUGUCUCCGUGGUGACGAAUUUUCGUGGUUUCAUAACACCGAUCAGAAGUGUCUCGCUGGUGCAAGUGCUUGAGAUUACAACAACUCAUAGAGUCUCCACGGUGAUAAGUGUGGGUGUUGUAAAACACCACAAUCAAGACAUUCUCCAUGGCAAUUAGUGUUGGUGGUGUCAACACUACAAUCAGGUCAAUCUCCAUGGUGAUUAGUGUUGGUGGUGUCAACACUACAAUCAGGACCAUCUCCAUGGCGAUUAGUGUUGGUGGUGUCAACACUACAACCAGGAGCAUCUCCAUGGUAAUUAGUGUUGGUGGUGUCAACACGACAAUCAUGACCAUCUCCAUGGUGAUUAGU